CUGGGAAACUGAGUCCACGCUCUAAAUAAUUCAAGCUCCCAUUCCCUUCUCCUCCUCCGCUAACAAGAUGCCGGCCGUACAUCACAAACUGCUUCUAGAAGACGCUUUGCAGGACAGUCCGCAGACUCGUUCCUUGCUCAGUGUGUUUGAAGAAGAUGCUGGGAAUCUUACAGACUACACCAACCAGCUUCUGCAGUCAAUGCAGAGGGUAUUUGGAGCUCAGAGUGAGAUGGGAUUGGCCACAGAGCAGCUUUCCCAGCAACUCCUGGCAUAUGAAAAAAAAAAUUUUGCCCUUGGAAAAGGUGAUGAGGAGGUAAUCACCACACUGCAGAGCUUCGCCAAGACCGUAGGGGAGCUGAACUCGCUCCACUCCGAGCUGGCCAACCAGAUGGCAGACAGUAUGGUCUUCCCCUUGAUCCAGUUCCGAGAGAAAGACCUCACAGAGAUAAGCACACUAAAGGAAAUAUUUGGCAUCGCCACUGAUGAGCAUGAGGCAGCUAUGGUCAAGUACAGCCGACUGCCGAAGAAGAAGGAAAAUGAGAAGCUGAAGUCAGACAUGGUGAAGGAAGUGGCCUACACCAGAAGGAAGCAGCACCAGGCCUCACUGCAGUAUUACUGCGCCCUCAACGCUCUGCAGUAUCGCAAGAGAGUAGCCAUGCUUGAACCAAUGCUAGGCUACACACAGGCACAGAUCAGCUUCUUCAAGAAAGGAAUUGAACUGGUGUCAAAGAAGAUGGACAACUUUCUCGCCUCUGUGUCCAAAAUGACACAAAAUAUCCAGGUCCAGCUGGAUGCAGAGGCGGAGGCCAUGCGUGUGUCCCAGAGGGAGCUGCUGUCAGUUGAGGACACCGUCUACAUGCCAGAUAAGGACAAUGAUCCUGUCAAUCGUACACUUAUCCAGAAGGCUGGCUACCUCAACAUUAGGAAUAAAACGGGCCUGGUGACCACCGCCUGGGACAGACUAUUCUUCUUCACUCAAGGAGGGAACCUGAUGUGCCAGCCACGGGGGGCAGUGGCAGGGGGAAUGGUGCUUGAUCUGGAUAACAGCUCCGUCAUGGCUGUGGAGUGCGAGGACAGACGCUACUGCUUUCAGAUAACCUCCCCCUCAGGCAAAACGUCAAUGAUUCUACAAGCUGAGAGUAAAAGAGAAUAUGAAGAAUGGAUUUGCACAGUGAACAACAUCUCCAGACAGAUCUACCUGACUGACAACCCAGAGGCUGUGGCCAUCAGGCUGAACCAGACUGCCAUCCAGGCGGUCACUCCCAUCACCAGUUUCGAGAAGCGACAGGAGGGCUCCCCCAAUCCAGACAGAGCCAAGCCAGGAGGUGUUCACGGUGCCAGCAGCGGUUCCGAGAAGACAGCUCCAGAACCAGAGGACCUGAUAGCCCCCGGGACACCUAUUCAGUUUGAUAUCAUGCUGCCGGCCUCUGAGUUUCAGGACCAAAAUAGGGCCGGGGGAAGACGCACAAAUCCUUUUGGAGAAACGGAUGACGAGUGUUCGACAGAGAGCGAUGACUCUCUUUUGCAGCAGGUAUUUGCAGUGCGUUUCCUUGGCUCGAUGGCAGUACGCUGUGGAAACAAUCAGGAGGUCAUCUACGAGGCCAUGAGGCAGGUACUCGCUGCCCGGGCCAUCCACAACAUCUUCAGGACAACAGAAUCCCACCUCAUGGUCACCAGCAGCAGCCUCAGGUUGAUUGACCCUCAAACGCAAGUUACAAGGAUAAGUUUUCAGCUGGGGGAGGUGUGUCAGUUCGCCGCUCACCAGGAGAAUGGGAGGUUAAUGGGAUUUGUGGUCGAGGGCCGGGACUGGAGCGACGGAGACGAGGAGGGAGAGCCGUCCUUUAGCGCCUUCGUCUUUGAAAGCAACACAGAGGGCGAAAAGAUAUGCUACACCAUUAGUCUGGCGAAGGACAUCACAGAAGCAAAGAAGGACCCAGAGGCUUUGGCCGAGCUCAUGAAGAACAUGCCACUAACUAAUGACGGCAAAUUCUUGCUGUUGGAGCCUGAGGCGGGUGACACGAAUGACGGAGCUGGACAGGAAGACCUGGAAUCUGAGGCUUAGUCCCAACCAAGACCAAAACCACUACAAAGACCAGGGCCACAGUUCGACUUUUACUCAGAGGAGACGAAUUUCCCUGGAUUAAGGUUUCACUAUGACCUCUAGCCCUAACUCUGGUACCGUAACACCUGUAUUAGAGAGUGUAGUUCACUUCCUGUGUUACUAAAUCUCCAGUUAUGUGCUGUAAUGAAAGCAGAAGUCAAGGGCCAAGGGUCGCCUGGUUCCAAAAAGCACAUCUCAUGGAUACUCCAUUAGAUCUGCUUUCCUGAGAUCAGUCUGUAGCAUGGGUUAUUGGAUUUGGUACUAAGCUUUGUCUUGUUUAUCCACCACAGUGAGGGCAACAGUACAUAUAUGUAAUGUUUAUGUUUUAUUGUCUUCUAAUAUCCCCACCUAUCUGUUGACACUUCUCUAGGAAAAGGUGGUGAAUUGUUUGCUUCAUUUUAGGUUUACAUAGUUGGACAUUCUUUUGGAGAGUUUAUUUCUUUUUUUCUUUUUAUUUCUUAUAUAACUCAUAAAGCUCUUAUGCAACUACUUACUGCAUUUAUUUCUUAAUUCUCCAUGUACAAAAAGGUAUUGCACUUCCAAGGUUUAUAUCUUUUUAAUAAGACUUAAUGGGUACAGAAUGCACUAAUUGGGACACUGAGAUACAGAGGAUUAAGGAAUUUAACAAUGAAGCUUAAAAAUAGGCACUCCCUUUGUAUCUGCAGGGCAGUGACUGCUGCAUAGAUUAUAAUUAGUCUGUGAGCAUGCAUCAAAGCUGUGAACAUGGUUGGCAUGAUGUGUUGUUGUUUUUUUGAUGAAAGCAAAAUGGAGAUCGUUUGCAAUCCUGCCACGACGACGUUCAACAGACUUGGCAUCCUGACUAUCUUAAGCAUUCCUACCAAGUGAAUGAAUCAAUGUCAUGUUUUACAUGUUAAUUCUCUCCUAACAGUAAAACAAGUCUUCAGACGCCAGUAUGCCAGGUUUUUCUCAAACAGCCCAGAGAUUCUGUAGUUAAAUUAAGAAGUACUUUGCACUCAGUUUUUGUGAAAGCCUCUGUAAAUAUGAUCUGUUCCAGUGUCUUUAUGAUGUUUAAUCAGAGCAUGAUUAAAUAACGGUCUUCUUCCUUGUUCCCUUUGCUGAAGAUUAAAACCUCUUCACUGAGCUGUACUACUUAAAAAAACAGCUAAAAUGUCAUAGUAACGCAUGUAGGCAGACUACAGUGGGAUAUUAUGUAUGUACUUAUUAAAAAGCCAUUCACUGAGCUCAUGUAUAUGAAUUGUAAUCAUAACAGAAAAAACAAAAGGAAAGUGAUUGAUCUGUGAAAUUGGUCUUUCCAGCUGCACCCCAGCAUAUUUUUGUUCAGUUUUAGCCCAUUUGAGCAGGAACACUAAUCUCCGUUGACAGUGGGAGCCUGUGAUGCACUGAGCAACUGUGACAUGUUUGUACUGUGUAAUUUGGACGAGGUCAAAGCCACUGACGUGAUGGUGAUUGUUAAAGCUACUUUGUGUCGACCAGCGGUCUUGCUUGCUUUUUAUACUGAACAUCUAUAUGUCAGAGCUCUGGUUAAAACUCAUGUUAAAAGAAGGAUAAAAUGUGGUUAAGAUGAGUCAUUUUUGACCAUGUUGGAUAACACUGUACAGUGUGUUUUUAAAAAGAAGUGAAAUGUAAUGGUUCAAAUUGUCUUUCUGUUUGCUCAUGUAAAUGCGUAUUGACAAGUCAUCUGAAACCUAAGAGAAAUGUCUGUCCAUCAAAAGGUACCAUCCUUCUAUAGGUGCUGUUCCAGAAGCACAUCCUUUAUUAAUCUGCCAGAGCAUCCCAAACCUGUGCAGCCUACAGAAUCCAAUUUGACCUGCACAAGCCGGAGCCUGUGGCAUUUCUUUGAUUGAUGGCUCUGUUGGUGGAACUUCUCCAUCUAGUCAAGAAUCCAAGUCCUCCUAUGUGGCCUGCUGCAGACCAUUAUGCAUAUUACAGCUGUGUCGCAUAGUCGUGUUAUAGUUUUGCUUUGUAACUAAUGCACCGUCAGGAAAAGUCUCGGUACUCAUGGUGUAGAAAAUAAAUGUCAGUAAUAUAGCAAGGA